AUGACUGGGAGUGUCCUCGCUCGAAUGUUUGUCGUAAGACACGGCGAGACGGACUCAAAUAGCAACGGGAUCAUCCAGGGCCAGCUGGAUACACAACUCAAUGCCACCGGCCUUGCACAAGCCGCGAUAACUGCGGAGGCGCUCAGACAUGUCUGCUUUGAUAAAGCUUUCACGAGUGAUCUCCAGAGAGCUUCUAAGACCGCCGAGAGGAUUCUCCAGUACCACUCUGGCGCUGAGUUAGUCCAGGACAGCGCGUUACGAGAAAGGUUUAUGGGUGAGAUGCAAGGCAAGAAGGGGCCAGUCAACACGAAAGGAUUGUCCUCGAUAGAGACAAACGAGGCUCUUGUUCAGCGCUGCAUCACUUGGUACAAUCGGGCGAUAGUCACUUACAUCUCCUCCUCGAUCACCAACUCUGACAUUUCAGAGGGCCGAUGUCGGAACAUACUCGUUGUAUCGCACGGGGCGUUCAUAGCUACGCUCUUUCGCACAAUGAUCUCCAGCAAUGACGUUACGUGUCCCGCAGAGUUGAAGCUUAGACGCCUUCCUACGUUAGGCAAUACCAGUAUAUCCGUAGUAGAAUACAGGGCGGUUUCAAGAGCGAAGCAUAGAGAGGUGGAUGUUGUCGUAUUAAAGUAUGGGGAUAUUGACCACUUGCGUGGAUUGAGUGUUAUGGAAGAGAAUGCUGAUGUAGAGGCCAAUCGACUAUAG